CGAACGUGGGACUGAAAAAGAAAAGAGAGUAAAAAGACCUAAAAAAACAUGAAUUUGCCUUCGUUCACCCCUGGAAGGUUGGGCUGGAUUUAAUAUUUCAGAGCUAGGGUUCAGUUUUGUUUCUGGGGUUCGUGGCUUUCGCCAUUGAAGGCCGGCCAUCUUCUGCUUGUAAAGUUCUUCAAUCCCUUACCGUCCCCAUCUUCACAUUCGCUGCGGCUGCUUAAAUUGCUCCCUGUCUUCAGAGAUUGUCGAGAUGGCAAGAGGCCCUGUGAAAAGACUCUUCUUUUAUCUGUGUUCAUCGUCGUCAUCAUGGAAAAGCUCACAUAGGUUCAGAUUCCUCUCAUCCUCAACCCGCUGCCACCGUGCCCAAUUCCCAGAACCAAUUAAAUUCCAAGAUUACCCCUCCGGCAAGCCCGGGUUGCUUCACCCGCCUCUGUUCUUUCGGACCCAUUCCCCACAUUUCACAAAGUUUGGAGCUUUAUGUUCUGGUGGGUACCCGUAUUCGACCAAGGUUGAAAAUGGCGGGUCUUGUUCAACUUCAAUGGAAUCCAUGGGUGAUGAACCUUGUUAUUUGGAAGCUGACAGCUUGAAAAGUGUGUCUGAGAAUUUACUUGAUUUUUCGGGUCGUGAUCCGGUAGAGAUUUAUGGAGAGCUAAGGGGUUCUAAGAAGAGCAUCAAGAAAACUAGAGCAGAUUGGGAUGCUUGUAAUGAGAUUUUCAGGAGCUUUGCUAAAUCCGGAUGGGCAUCAAAUCAAGCAUUGGCUAUUUAUAUUGGGGCUUCAUUUUUCCCCACUGCAGUUAUUAAGUUCAGUAAAUUCUUCUUCAUGAACUCUAACACUGACCUUGUCAAGUAUUUAGUAUCCCUUGGCCCUUCCCAUGAGUCCGAGAAAUUCUUGUUCCCAAUUUUUGUUGAAUUCUGCUUUGAGGAAUUCCCAGAUGAAAUCAAAAGAUUUAGGUCAAUGAUCGAGUCAGCAGAUCUAACAAAACCACACACUUGGUUCCCUUUCGCCAGGGCAAUGAAACGCAAGAUCAUAUAUCACUGUGGGCCCACCAACAGCGGAAAAACGUACAAUGCAUUGCAGAGAUUCAUGGAAGCAAAGAAGGGAAUAUAUUGUAGUCCACUGAGGUUGUUAGCCAUGGAGGUUUUUGACAAGGUUAACUCUUUAGGGGUUUACUGUAGCCUUAUGACCGGACAAGAGAAGAAAUCUGUACCCUUCUCUAAUCAUGUCGCUUGUACGGUUGAGAUGGUUUCUACAGAUGAGUUAUAUGAUGUGGCUGUUAUUGAUGAGAUUCAAAUGAUGUCUGAUCCUUGUAGGGGAUAUGCCUGGACACGGGCUUUGCUUGGGGUAAAGGCCGAUGAGAUACAUUUAUGCGGCGAUCCGAGUGUUUUGAGCAUUGUUAGGAAAAUAUGUCGCGAGACUGGAGAUGAUUUGGUGGAGAAAAAUUACGACCGGUUCAAGCCAUUAGUGGUUGAAGCAAAGACUCUCAUGGGCGAUUUGAAAAACGUGAGAUCUGGAGAUUGUGUUGUUGCUUUUUCACGAAGAGAGAUAUUUGAAGUCAAACUGGCAAUUGAGAAGCUCACGGAACACCGUUGUUGUGUUAUUUACGGAGCUUUGCCGCCUGAAACCAGGCGGCAUCAGGCGGCAUUGUUUAAUGACCCAGAGAACGAAUACGAUGUUCUGGUGGCUAGUGAUGCAGUGGGGAUGGGAUUGAAUCUGAAUAUCAGAAGGGUUGUUUUUUACAGUCUUUCAAAAUAUAACGGGGACAAAAUCGUCCCUGUCCCGGCAUCACAGGUCAAGCAGAUUGCGGGGAGAGCGGGCCGGAGGGGGAGCCGGUUUCCAGAAGGACUAACCACCACUCUGCAAUUGGAUGAUUUGGAGUAUUUGAUUGAGUGUUUGAAAAAACCAUUUGAUGAAGUCAAGAAAGUCGGGCUAUUUCCAUUCUUUGAACAGGUCGAACUGUUUGCCGGGCAGCUUCCAAACUCCACCUUCCCGGAACUUCUUGAAAAAUUUGGAGGGAAUUGCCGUUUAGACAGUUUGUAUUUCUUGUGCAACCAUAGCCACAUAAAGAGAAUAGCAAAUAUGUUGGAGAAAGUCUCCGGAUUGUCCCUAGAAGACCGUUUCAACUUCUGUUUUGCUCCGGUCAACAUCCGAGACCCAAAAGCAAUGUACCACUUGUUAAGGUUUGCGUCUUCGUACGCCCAAAGCCUGCCUGUGAAUAUAUCAAUGGGGAUGCCCAAAACCUCUGCCCGAAAUGAUUCCGAGCUGUUGGAUCUAGAGACCAGACACCAAGUGCUGUCCACUUAUAUGUGGCUAUCUAAUCACUUUGAGCGAGGGACAUUUCCGUUGAAAGUCUUCCGACUCCGAUACCGUCGUCCACAACGACUCAACGACCCUCUCAGAGACUGAUUUCGAACGACCUUCGGCCUUAGUUCUUUCCGGCCCUUUGGUUUCUGGUUCUUCCUAUUAUUACUACUAUUACUAUACCUUUCCGGCCUCUUUAGUGGUCUUGUCGCGUUCGCGUAACGGCGUAUCACACUCCAUAGUGGUAAAUAUUCUUAGGAAAGCUCGUAUUUUUCCUCUCAUUUACUCAAACCAAACAUGCCCUUAACGUUUAGGCACUUCUGCAUGACUUUGUUUAUAUUGGUCUCUUCUUAUGUCAGUCUUACACUCUUCUGUUUUUGGUUCGUCAUGGUCUGAUUGGCACCGUAUAUAUGCUCAAAAGAAGCCACCUAAAAACACAGAUUAUAUGGUCUGCUUUCCUGCCCAUGGAGCCAUUAUUCGUGCAUGGUUUAGUUCUUGGCAAAAAAAAAAGAAGCCAUGGCAGGAAUGGGCAACCUGUGCAAGUUAUGGAGCUCUAUUGCUAGUGGGAAAUGACUGGCUGUUUCCAUGGGGUUUCAUCAUCUUCUUCAUGGACCAACAACAUCUUAUAGGAGAAUUAUCUGUUUUUAAAUUUCCAAAGAAGAAUAAGAAGAAGAAGAAGAAGAAGAAGAAGACAUAUUAUAGAGUUGUAGGGUCUCUUUUUUGCCUAAAUUUUGAUUGGAGUAUGAAAUCUGGAGUCUAGGUUUAGGAGUAGCUUUAACAAAAAGCUGGAUACUGUAAUUUGUGAAAAUGUUCUGUGAAUGAGCAUUUAUUUUUGAGGCAUUUAAAUUUAUGUCAGCCUUUAUAUUUUGCAUAAAAAAUGAAAUACUACAAAAAUACUAAAAUAUACAAUUAAGCUAUUAUAGUUUU